UCCUAAAUGUGAUUCCCCCCCUCCACCCCCAAAUUUUACUUAUUUCAAUGAAUAACAGACAUCAGGAUCACACCUGCAGUUUCAGGGCUGCGCUUUCCUUUCAACCCGUACCCCGCUGCCAUCAGGCUAAACUGUAGUUGGCUCCAUCCUUUGUUUCUACCAGCAGCAAGAAGCUGGAAAAUCCUUGCUGAGUCUCUGCUAGCACAGCAGGCUUGUUGUGCAGAAGUGCUUUUGUCACCGUUUGACUCAGAAUCUGCAGCAAUGCUCUCGAUCCCCUCCCCCCUCCCACCCAGGUAGGGAAGGAGAGAGAAAAAGAGAGAGACUGGGCUGGAUUGAAAACUAAACUACACAGCUGUAAUUAAAUACUAAUGAUAAAAGAAAAUAUAUACAAAUAUGUUCAGAUAUGGGCAAAAGCCUCUCACCUCCCCCCACCCCAGCAGCUCCCACAGCAUCUCCUGAGCUGGAACAGUCCCAAGAAAUCCCAAAGGGCUGCUGGAGAAAGCGGAGAGGGAUGAGGGUCAGGAGAGCUGGAGCCUGGGGGUCCACGGUGAGGGAGGAACGGAGUCCUCCCCAGACGCCGGCCAUGGGUGGAGGAGAAGGGGAGAAGAAGCAGGAAGGAAGUUGUCUUCUGGGAUCUCUGUCCUUCCUCUGACCUUAUGCAGAUACAUGGAAUGUAACACUUUGGUCAAUGUUGCUGUCUGAGUCCACUCCUCCCUACAGGGGGGUCUGUAGAUUCGAGUCUUUUGCUCCUUUAGCAUCUGAGGCUGCAGUUUCUACAAGCAGAGCAAAGUGACCUUGAAGUCCCAGCAGCAACAUAAACAUUAUCAGCCCACAGCUGCAAAACUUGCUGCUGGUUAAAAGAAGCUCUCCAAAGGAAAAAAAAUCAGUAAAAGGAAAAUUGGCUUCAUCCUGCCUCAAACCAGGGCACACCCACGACCUGCUGGACACAAGCUUCUCAGUGCACCCCAGGAUACCACUGGCUUUCUUGGCCACAAGGGCACAUUGCUGCCCCAUGGAUAACUUUUUGUCCACCAGGACUCCAAGGUCCUUCUCCAUGGAGAUGCUUUCUAGCAGCUCAUCUCCUAAUCUGUACUGGUGCCUGGUGUUAUUCCUCGCCAGGUGCAGGAUUCUACACUUCUUGUUGAACCUCAUUUGGUUCCUCUUUGCCCCCCUCUCCAGCCUGUCCCGAUCUUGCUGAAAGACGGCGCAGCCUUCAGGUGAAUCAGCCAUUCCUCCCAGUUUUGUAUCUGCCCCCUCAUCCAGGUCAUUGAUGAAGAUGUUAAAUGAGACUGGACCUAGUACUGACCCUUGGGGAGCUCCAAUUGUUACAGGUCUCCAACUGGACUCUGCACCAUUGUUCACUACACUCUGGACUCUAUUGUGGGCUCACUGUCCACUCCUCUGCCCCACACUUCCUGAGCUCGCUCACAAGGAUGUUAUGGGAGACAGUGUCAGAAACCUUGCUAAGGUCAAGGUAGACACACCCACUGGUCUCCCUGCAUCUGUCCAUUCUGUCACACCAUAACGAAGGCUGUCAGAUUACUCAGACAUUAUUUCCCCGUGGUGAAUCCAUGCUGGCUAAUCCCGAUAACCUUAUUUUCUUCCACUGUGCUUAGAGAUGACCUCCAGAAUGAGCUGCACCAUCAUUUUUCCGGGGAUGGAGGUGAGGCAGACUGGUCUGUAGUUUCCUGGAUCAUCCUUCUUGCCAUUCUUGAAGACUGGAGUGACAUUGGCUUUCCUCCAGUCCUCAGGCACCACUUCCUUUUGUCAUGAUCUUUUGAAAAUGAUGGAGACUGGUAGAGCAACAACAUCAGUCAGCUGUCUCAACACUUAUGGAUGCACCUCAUCAGGGCCCAUGGAUUUGUGUACAUUCAGUUUACCUAACUGAUUUCUAGUCUAAUCCCCAUUGACCAGUGGAGAGUCUUCCUUCCUCCAGGCUUUUUCUCUCUUACAUCUAGGGAUUUCACAGGUGUGAAAACAAGUCUUUGCUUAAGCUCUUUCAUUUUGAAGAGCCCUCCCAUUUCUACCAAAGAGAAUUAAAGGGCAAAAAACUGUGGACUCUUCCCAAGGGCAGGAGGGAAGAAAAGCCUCUGAAGAUUCUAGCAACAAUUCUUACAAAUCAAGGGGAUGAGAUACCUAACUUUUGUCAUCAGCACUGUUGUUUGGAGACACUGUGGUGACAGACUUGAUGUGCCUUGGCUCUGUUUGGUAGUGGUGUUUCAGGUGGUGUAGUCAGCUGUCAAAACAGAUGCUCACUGCAGGGGGGCCGGACUAGAUGGCCUUUAAAGGUCCCUGCCAAGCCAGUGCAUUCUGUGAUUCUGUGAUCUUAGGAGGAAAUGCUUUGCUGUGAAGGUGAUGAGACCCUGGUCCAGGUUGCCCAGGGAAUCUGUGGCUGCCCCAUCCCUGGCAGUGUUGAAGGGCAGGUUGGAUGGGGCUUGGAGCCACCUGGUCUGGUGGGAGGUGUCCCUGCCCAUGGCAGGAGGUGGGACUGGAUGAGCUUUGAGGAUCCAAAGGACAACACCUGUUGAUGAGGUGGGACUUGGUGUAUUGAUUGGUUCAUAGCAGACUAAUGAUGUUUAUGAAUGAGCUUGUAAAGGUGGGGGAGAUGCCCAUUGCCCCCUUUGCAUGUCCUGGUUUGGGUCUGAUGGACAACAAAGAACCAUGUGGCUGUUCACUCACCCCUCACCCCACUGUGGUACGAGGAGGAGAAAACCCAGCUAAGAGCUCAUGGGUCCAGAUAAGGACAGGGAGGGUUCACCCACCCACUGUGGUCAUGGGCACAAGGAACUAAACUUGAGGAAAAAUUCAAUUUGAUUUAUGACUCACAAGAUGCAAACAGAACAAGAAGCAGAGCUGAAACACCUCACCCCUCCCCUCCCUGCUUCCCGGCCCUCAAAUUCCUUUGUUCCCCGUUUCUGUCCCUGCUCCCCCCAGCGGCACAGGGGGACAGGGAAGGGGCUUUCCGGCCAGUUGGUCACUCGCUGUUUUCAGCUGCUCCUUCCCCGUCCUGGGGAGGACUCCUCACAGCCUUCCCCUGCUCCAGCGCGGGGUCCCUGCCACGGGAGAGAGUCCUUCACCAACCCUCCAACACGAGUCCCUCCCACGAGUCCCUCAGGAACAGACGCUCCAACAUGGGCUGCCCACAGACCUACAGGCUACUUUAGGCACAGUCACCUCCCCUGGCACGGGAUCCUCCAUGGCUGCAGGUCCACAUCUGCCCCACUGUUUUCCUCCACAGCUGCAGCAGACAGCUGCCAUCUCACCAAGGGAUGCAGGGGAACCUCUGCUCAGGCACCUCCUGCCCCUCCUUCCUCUCUAUUCUUGGUAUCUCUGCUCCAGUGCUGCUCUCAUUGCUCGUCACUGAGUUCUCCACCCUAAACCAUCCCAGGGGUGGGGUUGCUGCAAUGGGAGGAUGCCUGAAUCAUCUCAUGGAAGGUGGGAGCAAUGGGAGAACCCCAACUCAUCCCGGUGGUGGCUGAGACUCCCAGCACCCACCAAAGUACCGGCUUGUGACAUCCCUCCAUCAGUGUCCCCCCAUCUUGCUGUUUUGGGGUGCCAGUGUAGCCCCUAAAGCCCACUAAAGGAUGGGGGAUUGACCAACUCCAUGGGUAACCCUGCCAUUUCACCUUGCACCCCAUUUUCUCCCAGAGCAGGUUUGAUGUGAUCCCUCCCUGCCGAAAACCCUGGAAGUGCCCUGAGGGUGGACAUGGUUUGAACCAAAAUCCAGCUUUAUUGACCCAUUGUGGGAUCCAUCCAUCUGGGUGAAAACCCCUCUGGGUGCCCCAAGGGCAGGAGAACUUUUUGUUCAUGGCUCAACCUUGUUGAAACAUCAUCGAAUCCACGUGGGAGAAGAACUUGCCCAUGCUGAGGAAUGUGGGAAAAGGCCAGGAUCCCCCCCAGCCCAUCUCCACCAUCGGAACAUCUGUAAAGGUGAGGGGUCCUAUAGGGGAGGCCCUUUUGGAGCCACCCCGUGCCUGGUCCCACAGUGACUAUCUCACCCUAGUGCCAUGUCCUGCGACUGCCACCACUGCGGAAAACGUUGUCGCAGUAGAUCACAAUUAAUCCAGCACCAGCGAAUGCACACAGGCGAGAAACCUUUCAGGUGUCUGGAGUGUGGGAAGAGCUUUGCGCACAAUUCCACGUUACGCCGGCACCGCCAGAUCCACACAGGUGAGAAGUUCUACAAGUGCCUUCAGUGUGGGAAGAGCUUUCGCAGCAGCAGCACAUGGAUGCGUCACCAACGUGUCCACACUGGGGAAAAACCCUACACGUGUCUUCAUUGUGGGAAGAGCUUCGCGAGCAGCACAGGCCUCAACUCUCACCUCCGGGUUCACACAGGCGAGAAGCCCUACAAAUGUCCUGACUGUGAGAAGAGCUUUGCCAGGAGCUCUGCUCUCAUCGACCAUCACCGUGUCCACACAGGAGAGAAACCCUACACGUGUCCCCAUUGUGGGAAGAGCUUCAGGAGCAGCACAGGCCUCAGCUCUCACCUCUGGGUCCACACAGAUGAGAAGCCCUACAAGUGUCCUGACUGUGAGAAGAGCUUUGCCUGGAGCUCUGCGCUGAUCAAACAUAAUCGCAUCCACACGGGAGAGAAACCCUACACUUGUCUCCAGUGCCAGAAGAGCUUCAGAAACUGCUCCUCCUUAUGGAUACAUCAACGGCACCAUCGGGGUGAACGGCCCUUCAGCUGUUCCCAGUGUGAGAAGAGGUUUUACCAGAGGACACAUCUCAUCCGUCAUAGACAACUUCACCCCGGUGCCAUGUCCCACGACUGCCACCACUGUGGGAAAAGUUUUAACAACAGAUCAAAUUUAACCCUGCACCAGCGAAUCCACACGGGUGAGAAGCCCUUCAGGUGUCUGGAGUGUGGGAGGAGUUAUUUUUACAACUACCAAUUAAUCCAUCACCAGCGAAAACACACAGGGGAGAGACCCUUCAGGUGUCUGGAGUGCGGGAAGGGUUUUAUUGACAGUUCCAAGUUAAUCAGGCACCAGCGCAUCCACACGGGUGAGAGACCCUUCAAGUGCACUGAGUGUGGGAAGAGCUUCAUUACCAGCAGCUCUUGUAUACGUCACCAACGUGUCCACACUGGGGAAAAACCCUACAUGUGUCCCAAAUGCAGGAAGAGCUUUGUGGAAAGAUCAGUCCUUAUCUGUCACCUCCGUGUCCACACGGGUGAACGUCCCUACAAGUGUCCUGACUGCGGGCAGAGCUUCGGCAAGAGCUUUACACUCUUCAACCAUCGUCUCAUCCACACGGGAGAGAAACCCUACACAUGUCCCCAGUGCCAGAAGAGUUUCAGGCAGCUCUCAUCAUUGAAGACCCAUCAAGAGCUCCACACAGGUGAACGACCCUUCAGCUGCUCCCAGUGCGAGAAGAGGUUUUACCGGAGGUCACAUCUCAUCCGUCAUGGCCGGACCCACCUCAGGGAUCAACAAGAGUAAAGGGGCAUGGUCAAGGUCACCACAUUUUCCAAGCUCUGAUCCACCAAUGAUGCUUUCUCUGGCUUCUUGUGGAGCAUAAAAUGGUGUCAGCUCAGAAAUCACUUCAUGUCCCAUCCAACUUUUUUUUUUUUUAAAUCAUCUUUAAGGAGAUUUGUUACCAAAAUAAGGCCACAAAUAAGUCUUUAUCAUGGUGACACCUUCAAGGGACAAAGGGGAUG